AUGGCAAAAGAGAUGCCCCAUACUGAACUCGACCACGGAAUAAUUCUUGUUCAAUGUUUUUCUUCGAAAAAUGAGAUUGAAGUUGAAGGUUGGGACGAUGAAGAAACUUUCCCACGACAAAUUAAAUUAACAUUGACUGCGAACUUCAACGGCAUGGAGGCCUCUAUAGGCGAACCCUUCCUAUUAUCGAGCUAUACGACAACGAAUAAGGUCUCAAAAUUAUCCAAAUUAUCCGGAAGACUACCAAGCAUUUUUGCUUCCCAUCAAGGAACUGGCGGAAAUUCAGAUGGUCAUAUCACUGUCGCUGCUCAGGGCGACGGUGUUCAUGUAUUAGACGUUGGUGAAAUUUCUCUUGAAAAAACAGAUAUACUCAAAGUUCUACAGCUCUCCACUUUGCAUCCAAUUAUCUCACAUACAUUGGGCCCGACUAUCACUUUUUCCUGUCCAUCGGUUACGCGUAGCGAGCUACAAAGUGCAAAUCAUGUUUGCACGACUUACGCUGCUAUAUCAUCAUCUCCGGACAUUUCUGAAGACGAAAAAAGCCGUACGAUAUGGAUGUGGAAGGAGGGUUUAUCGAGUUCUGUCGCGGAUCGAGCAGCGCAAAGGAAAAAAGCAGUUGUACUUCCGCAUUCAAUUUCGGGUCUAUACAUCGAAAGCGAACUUCCUUCCCGCGUUCUCGUCACAUCAUCGCAAGGUGACCUGACGGUCCUCCACAGUGACCUGCAAAUUCAAGCUACACGCACGUCAAAAUGUGAAUCCUUGAAAACUUUUGUGUUGUCUCGGAGAAACUGCACAUUUCUUCCUUCUCGAGGAUCUGUGCCGUCUUCUGCUGCCAUUGUAAUCUCCUUUGUUACAUUGAACGCAAACGUUCGAAUACAGAUAUUGGCUGUAGACCUAGAAGAUCGGUUUCACGAGCUCGGAGACAUUGAACUGCCCAUAAAAUCUCAGUCGUUUUGCGACGUUUCAUUUAGCGGAACAGGUUUCUUUAGCGUUCUUCUAACAGAUGGCACCUGGUCGUCAUUCGAGUUGAAACGAAGUGAUGACACGCUCUACUUCAAUUCGCUGGAAAACGUCAAAUUGACUUCGUUAUCGUUCAUCUCAUCGUCCAACAGCGCUGAAGCUUCGAUACUUGCGUUAGGGUCUUCACAUGUUCUGCUUGCAGGCUUAACAGGCUCCACUUCGAAUCGGGAAGUCGUGCUCCUGUUUUGGGAUUUAUCUUUCUCUGUGCUCCUCGCCUCACGCACAUUACCACUUCCCCCGUACGUCACAAACGAAAAAGUAUCAAUUACCCUCGUUGGCGCUCUAUCGUCCUCCAACGUCCUGUUAUUGGUCUCUCCUACCUCAGUCAUUUCAGGUCGCCGUCAAUCACAAGGCCAGUCUUCUUCCAGUAGCUCGGUCUGGGUAGUACCGGUGACGGUGCCUCCAAGUUCGAGUAUAGCCAACGCUAUCGGUCGUGCAGCAGCAGCAAUGCCAUGGUUAGCCGUUACUGACGCUCAGGGUGAUUCACAUGAUGCAGGGAGAUCAAAGUUGGUGAACGAGAUACGCUCUGCUAUGGACCGAAAUCAACCUGAGAAUGCCAAAAACGCAUUUUUCGAAUGGGAGAAGCACACAGUCUCAGAGAAUUCUCAGGACAAACCCCCUGGCACGCCUACAUUGUACGGGUACAAUUUCACCAAGGAAAUUUUGAACAUCGUACUCCAGCCUUCAAUACCGACAAAAACACUGUAUCCGUCAAAAAUUGUUCAACAUCUUCUCGAGAAAAAGGUUGUCAGUGCGGGCAUGAUGGAGGCUGACCUUUUAGGGGUGUUGCGAUCGCAUAAUGAUUGGAAAUCAAUAUCCUUGGCGUUGACACGAGUAUCGGAUCUUCAAGAGGCUGAAAUUGUCGAGUGUCUGUGUUUUGUCCUUGCACGCUAUCGACAGGCUCGAAGAGCCACUUCUAGUGAUGCAAUGCAAAUUGAUUCGGUACCAGGCAUGGACAACGAAUGCCCAACGUUGCAGGCCUUCUUGAGUCUCGUUCUUCGUUAUAGUUGCUCACCAAAUCCCCUUCGAGCGGCGUUCCGUCGCUACCUAUCUGACGUCGACGAUGUGAUUUGUUUACUGGAAGUGCUCGAUUCCUGGAUAGGUCAAUGGGCUGGGCGUGACACGCGCUUGCUGCCUUCAAAUAAAAUGGUGAAGAAGAAUGAGCUCGGAGUAUAUAUCAUGACAUCGGAGAGUAAAGAUUCUUCAACGGAUAUUCCAUCAAUGUUACAGAUAACAUUCUUCCUCCAAUGCCUCAUCGAUACCUCUUUCAUCAAUCUCAUCCAAACACCGUCCGCUCACCGUAUACUCAGAAGGAUUCAGGCUCAUAUUGAUCCCGAGAUCACAUAUAUCGACCAGACGGAACAACUGCGUGGGCCUUUGGAGCUUUUUGUGAAAGCACAAACCAAGGCGAUAAAGGAAGCUAAAGCUGCUAGCGAGGGAAUCAAGGUGCCUAUUCCGGAUCGGAAACAACAGAAAAAACUACUACACGAGCAGGCGGGGGCUACUAUAGGUCUUUAUCGACUGGAAGAACUGACCCUCUAA